AUGAAUAAUAAUAAUAAUAAUAAAAAAUUAAAUAAAGAAAAUUUAAAUGAAAUUGAAAAUUGGAAUGAAAUAGAGUUAACAGAUUAUAAGAAACAAGGUUUAGAUGAAGGUACAUCAAGUAAUAUUUAUUUAUUUGAAAGUAAUGGUAAUGUUGUUAAUGGUAGUAUUGAAGAUUCACCAAAGCAACAACAACAACAACAACAACAACAACAACAACAACAACAACAACAACAACAACAACAACAACAACAACAAAAUAUAAUAUCAUCAGAUGAGGAAAUUGAAGAUAAACCAUUUCAAGAUAGAGAUAGUAAUAUUGGUGAUGGUAGUGAUAUCGAUAGUAGUGGUGAUUCAAUCGAUAUAGAGAAUACUGAUUAUUCAAUAUUGGUACCAUUCGAAGAUGAAGAAAACAACAAUGGAAGUAAAAGUAAAUUUUCAAUUAAAAAAUUAAAAUCAUUUUUAGGACCUGCAUUAUUUAUAUCGGUGGGAUAUAUGGAUCCAGGUAAUUGGGCAACAGAUUUAGAAGGUGGGUCAAGAUUUGGGUAUCAAUUAAUGUGGGUAUUAUUAUUUUCAAAUAUUAUGGCACUAUUUUUACAAACUUUGGUGAUAAAAUUAGCAUUGGUGACAAAGAAUGAUUUAGCUCAACAAUGUAGAAAAGAGUAUAGUAAAACCGUGAAUAUAUUCCUAUGGUUAAUAUUAGAGUUGGCAAUAAUUUCAACAGAUUUAGCAGAGGUUAUUGGUACAGCAAUUGGUUUGAAUAUUCUAUUUGGCUUACCGUUGAUUGCAGGCGUUGCUAUCACUUCAUUGGAUACUCUACUGUUUUUAGCCAUUCAAAGAUGGGGUAUUAGGAAAUUGGAAUUGUUAAUUCUAUUACUUUUAUCAAUGAUAACAAUGUGUUUUGUGAUAGAACUUUUCCUUAGCAAACCAAUUGCGUCCGAGGUUUUCUCUGGUUUCGUGCCAAGGUUAAAUAGUGAUAGUGUUAUGGUUGCAACUGGCAUCGUUGGUGCUACCACUAUGCCCCAUAAUUUGUUUUUACAUGGUAGUGUGGUGAAAUCAAGAAAGAUUCCAAACGAUCGUAGAAAAUCAGUGAUCAAACAAGCUUACCGUUAUAACGUUAUCGAUACGGUUUUGGCUUUGAAUUGUGCAUUCUUUGUUAAUAUCGCAAUAUUAAUGUUGGCUGCCUCUGUCUUUUGGAAAUCAAAUAUCCAAGUAACCGAAUUGUCAGAGGCCUAUAGAUUAUUAACUAAAUUAAUGGAUGGGAAAUUAGCCGCAGUUUUAUUUGGGUUGGGUUUGUUCUUGGCUGGUCAAUCCUCAACUAUCACCGGUACAAUGGCGGGCCAAAUAGUUAUGGAAGGUUUCAUAAAAUUAAGAAUUAAACCUUGGUUAAGAAGAUUCAUAACUCGACUUUUGGCUAUAAUCCCCGCCGCUAUUGUUAUCAUUGUUUUAGGUGACAAAGGUACCUAUACCCUAUUAAUUAUCUCACAAGUGCUUUUAUCAAUUGGUUUACCUUUUGCUGUGGUCCCCUUAAUCAUUUUCACAAGUUCUUACGAAAUAAUGGGUGAAUUUAAAAAUAGGUUGUCAAUUAUUAUUAUCAAUUCAAUAAUUGCUCUAUUCAUUAUUGGUUUAAAUUUAGCAACUAUUUUUCAAUUAAUUAAUGAUUUCCUUCAUAAUGAUUCAAUAAUUUCAAAAUGUUUAACAAUUAUCUUUUUAAUCCCUUUAUCAAUUGCUUUAUGUUGUUUAUUAUUAUGGUUAAUAAUUUCUAAAAUUAAUUUCUUUACAAAUUUAUUAUCAAAAAUUUUUAAUAAUAAUAAUAAUAAUAAUAAUAAAAAUAUUAUAAAUAAUAAUAAUAAUUAUUCUGGUAAUACAAUUAAUAAUCAAACUAUACAAUAA